UGGACAACUGACACGCCUAUAUGCCUGUACUCUUGGUGCCCUGUCCUCUCCCCUCCCCCCCACGGCGAGGUCAAGGCGCGAGGUCAAAGGUCAGGCGACACAGCAACCUACUCCUGUCAUGAUGGUUACCUGCUGAAUGGAGCCCAGACAGUGUCGUGUCAGCUGGGCGGGGAGUGGAGCGCUGACAGACCUCACUGCGAGUUUGUGGACUGUGGCUUGCCCCCUGAUCUCCCCAACGGCAGGGUCACACUGCUGAACCACACCACGCAUCUCGGUUCACUGGUUCGGUACGCCUGCGAUCCGAACCACUGGGCGGACGGUCCAGAACUAAGAGAGUGUGAGCGGACCGGUUCGUGGAGCGGAGAGGAGCCAGCGUGUGUCUUGGUGACGUGUCCUGAGCCAUCUGUUCCUGUAGAUGGAUUUGUGACUGGCUAUAGUUUUCAAGUGGGCGCCGAUGUCUUUUAUUAUUGUAAUGAAGGGUUUAGGCUGGAAGCAGGCCCUCAAGAAGAGACACAAGAUUCGAAGGACAUUGGGGUGUCUGUUACAAGAACGUGUCUGAUCUCUGGACUAUGGUCUGGCAAUGUUCCCGCGUGUGUUUACACAGAUUGCGGCCACGUCCCCGCCCCACUUAAGGGAACCCGCACCUACUUAAAUGAUACUACUCAUCUAAAUAGUCAAGUUAGGUACGAUUGCAUUCCUAACUAUCGCAUAGUGGGCCAAAGUAUCAGGACGUGCAUGGCGGAUAGUCAGUGGAGUAGUCAAGCACCCGUGUGUCAAGAAAUUCGCUGUGGAUCGCCUUCAGAAAAAUCAGGAGGUGCAAAGGUGAUCGGGAUAUCUGGGAGCGACCGACGCCUGACCUCAACAUUUGCGAGAAGGAGAGAGCAUCUGGCCAUGGAACACUCUUACAGGAUCGGAAGUGUGGCGAGUUAUGGGUGUGAGAAAGGCUAUGCUAUUUUGACGAGCCCCACCAGGAAGUGUACUGAGAAGGGACUGUGGGCUGGAGAGGAGCCAAAUUGUGCUUAUGUGGACUGCGGACUGCCGGACAAAAUAGUCAAUGGUUACUAUCGCCUUCUAAGCAACACCACCUAUUUUGGUUCCCAGGUAUCGUAUCAAUGUGCGCCUGACUAUCGGCUGGAUGGUCGCAUACGCCGCCACUGCCUCUCAAAUAGUACCUGGAGCGGAGACUCGCCCAAAUGUGUGGAGAUCACGUGCCCUGACCUGUCCCGGGAUCUGACUACCGCCUUACUAGUCAGCCCGGUUGGAGCAGUUAGGAACGGAAUCACCGCUAACUACUCGUGUGAAAUUGGGAAACGUCUUAUCGGCAACAGUCAAAGGUUCUGUUCUACUACUGGCACGUGGAAUGGGACCCGGCCGCGUUGUGAAUGGGUGUCGUGUCAAAUGCCGCCGGAAAUGAAGAGAGGACGCAGUGUUCCUGUUAAUGAUACGUUGAAUUACCAGUCGCUUAUCGAGGUCCUGUGUUUUCCGCCAUACAAGCUUGUCGGGGAGUUUAGGCGUGUGUGUCAGGCUAACGGUGAAUGGAGCGGCGAGGAACCAGCGUGUGUGGACGAGGACACCACGUAUACUAUCCUGGAUGACAAUAGUAUAGACAACCAGGCUUCUACUACUACUACUACUACCACCAGUGCUACCAACACCGGCCUAUACGUUGGCCUCGUGUUUGGGUUAAUACUGUGUUUGAUGUUCGUGGCAACAUUGCUUUUCUUGAGGAGAAGGCAGAGAAGAGGAGGAGGAAAGGUGCAGCCCGCAGGAGGAGGAGGAGGAGGAGGAGGAAGAGGAGGAGGAGAAGAGAGACCACCUCUUCCUCCUCCAAAUGAAGUGAAAUCAGAAGUCAACCAUUCAAUGAUAUACUCAAAUAUUACUGAUCCCAUUACUGGGAACAACAUUUACGAGAAUAUAGAGGAUGACAAAUCUGAAGAAGACGAAGAGGAAAACAACUAUUAUAACAACAACAACAACAACAAUACUAUUCCUACUACUACUACUACUACUACUACUCCUAUUAGCCACCACGCCCAACCCUUCUAUAGGCCUAACAAUGGUCUAAAUUCACGUAGGCCUAGGCUUCCACCCCCUCAGCCUCCUACUAUUCCAGACUCAGCUGUUGUGACUAUCAAUGGUGUGACUAUUGAUAGUUCAGGGUAGUAGUGGUAGUAGUAGUGGUAGUAGUAGCAGUAGUAGUAGUAGUAGCAGUGGUAGUCGUGUUGGUGGGAGGAGGAAAAUAGUAGUAGUAGUAGUAGUAAGUAGUAGUAGUAGUAGCAGUAGUAAU